CAUGUUCUGACACCCUCACUGAUAUUUUCACUCAUUUUCUCUCCUUUUCCCUAUAAUCCCUUUCACUAUUUUUUAUAUUCCCCAAAUAAAUGAGACCAUAUAAUAUUUGUCCCACUCCACAUCACUUGCCAUCAGGGAAAUACACAUCAAAACCACAAUGAGAUACCACCUCACCCCAGUGAGAAUGGGGAAAAUUAACAAGGCAGGAAACCACAAAUGUUGGAGAGGAUGUGGAGAAAAGGGAACCCUCCUGCACUGUUGGUGGGAAUGUGAACUGGUGCAGCCACUCUGCAAAACUGUGUGGAGGUUCCUCAAAGAGUUAAAAAUAGACCUCCCCUACGACCCAGCAAUUGCACUGUUAGGGGUUUACCCCAAAGAUAACAGAUGCAGGGAAAUGCCGGAGAACACCUGCACCCCGAUGGUUAUAGCAGAACGUGCGCAACAUGGAAACACAAAGCCACUUUAACAGCAAAGGCCCAGCAAGGGAGGUGCCCUUUCCCGGCAGGCGCCUGAGCUCUUAAAGCGGACAAACUGGGAGGAAGGGGGCUGAUCAGGCGAGUUCCGGCCGCUGCCUUCCCGACGGGCUUGCGUAUUCCGAGCAGAAUUCUGACAAAGGGGAGGGAGGGCCUUGGCUCCAAGAGGAAGCGCGGAGUUAUUUAUUUUAGAGCGGGAAGGCCAAGUGGAAGCUCAAGGACAAAAAAGCACGUUGAUUCCUGCGCAGGCAGCAGGCGUACAGAAAUGGAGGCUGAAGACGUAGGUGGCAGAGAAUUGACAAUUGAUUCUAUAAUGAACAAAGUGAGAGAUAUUAAAAAUAAAUUUAAAAAUGAAGACCUUACUGAUGAACUAAGCUUGAAUAAAGUCUCUGCUGAUUCUACAGAUAACUCGGGAACUGUUAAUCAAAUUAUGAUGAUGGCAAACAACCCAGAGGACUGGUUGAAUUUGUUGCUCAAACUAGAGAAAAACAGUGUCCCUCUAAAUGAUGCUCUUUUAAAUAAAUUGAUUGGUCGUUAUAGUCAAGCAAUUGAAGCCCUGCCUCCAGAUAAAUAUGGGCAAAAUGAGAGUUUUGCUCAAAUUCAAGUGAGAUUUGCUGAAUUAAAAGCUAUUCAGGAGCCGGACGAUGCCCGUGACUACUUUCAUAUGGCCAAAGCAAACUGCAAGAAAUUUGCUUUCGUGCAUAUAUCUUUUGCACAGUUUGAACUAUCACAAGGUAAUUUCAAAAAAAGUAAACAGCUUCUUCAUAAAGCUGUAGAAUGUGGAGCAGUACCACUGGAAAUGCUGGAAAUUGCCAUUCAGAAUUUAAACCUUCAAAAGAAGCAGCUGCUUUCAGAGGAGGAAAAGAAGAGUUUAUCAGUAUCUACGGUAUUGACUACUCAAGAACCAUUCCCCAAUUCACUUGGACAUUUACAGAAUAGGAACAUCAGUUGUGAUUCCAGAGGACAGACUACAAAAGCCAGGUUUUUGUAUGGAGAGAACUUGCCCCCUCAGGAUGCAGAGAUAGGUCAUCGAAAUUCCUUGAAACAAACAAACAAAGCUAAACGGUCAUGCCCGUUUGGAAGAGUCCCAGUUAACCUUCUAAGUAGCCCGGAUUAUGGGAAGACAGAUGGUUCAGUUUUACCAAGUUCUACUAAAAGACAGACCUCUGGAUCAGAACGCCGAGAUAUAAUUGUGCCUGGAUCUAAAUCAAGUGGAAAUGAUUCCAGUGAAUUGAGACAUUUAAAGUCUAUUCAAAAUAUCAAUUCCAAGGAAUCUCUGAUGUCAGAUGAGAAGAGUUCUGAACUUGAUACUGAUUCAGUAACCCUAAAGAAUAAAUCUGAAUCAAGUCUUCUAACAAAAUUAGAAGAAACUAAGGAACAUCAAGAACAAAAUGUUACAGUGAGUAACCAGAAACAGUGGCAGUCUGUGAGAAAGUCAGAAUGUGUAAACCAGAAUCCUGUUGCAUCCUCAAAUCUGUGGCAGAUUCCAGAGGUUUCUCGAAAAGUUGAUACAGAGCAGAAACAACCCAUUUUUGAGCAACCUGCCUUUUCAGUUUCAAAGCAGUCACCACCAAUAUCAGCACCUAAAUGGAUUGAUCCAAAAUCUCUUUGUAAAACACCCAGUAGCAGUGCCUUGGAUGAUUACAUGAACUGUUUUAGAACUCCUGUUGUAAAGAAUGACUUUCCAUCUGCUUGUCAGUUGUCAACACCUUACAGCCAGCUUGCACAUUUCCAGCAGCAACAGCAGCAAAUACCUGUUACUCCACUUCAAACUUUACAGAUUUCAGCAUCCUCAACAAAUGAAUGCAUUUCAGUUAAAGGAAGAAUGUAUUCUAUAUUGAAGCAGAUAGGAAGCGGAGGCUCAAGUAAGGUAUUCCAGGUAUUAAAUGAAAAGAAACAGAUACAUGCCAUAAAGUAUGUAAACUUAGAAGAAGCAGAUAAUCAAACAAUUGAGAGUUACCGGAAUGAAAUUGCUUAUUUGAAUAAACUACAACAACACAGUGAUAAGAUCAUCCGACUUUAUGAUUAUGAAAUCUCGGACCAGUACAUUUAUAUGGUAAUGGAGUGUGGAAAUAUAGACCUAAAUAGUUGGCUUAAAAAGAAAAAAUCCAUCAAUCCAUGGGAACGCAAAAGUUACUGGAAAAAUAUGUUGGAGGCAGUUUAUACAAUUCAUCAACAUGGCAUUGUUCAUAGUGAUCUGAAACCUGCUAACUUUCUGAUAGUUGAUGGAAUGCUAAAACUAAUUGACUUUGGAAUUGCAAACCAAAUGCAACCAGAUACAACAAGUAUUGUUAAAGAUUCUCAGGUUGGUACAGUUAAUUAUAUGCCACCAGAAGCAAUCAAAGAUAUGUCUUCCUCAAGAGAGAAUGGAAAAUCCAAGUCAAAGAUAAGUCCUAAAAGUGACGUUUGGUCCUUAGGAUGCAUUUUGUACUAUAUGACUUAUGGGAAGACACCAUUUCAGCAUAUAAUUAACCAGAUUUCUAAAUUACAUGCCAUAAUUGACCCUAAUCAUGAAAUUGAAUUUCCUGAUAUUCCAGAGAAGGAUCUUCAAGAUGUGUUAAAGUGUUGCUUAAUAAGGGACCCUAAACAGAGGAUAUCCAUUCCUGACCUUCUGGUGCAUCCAUAUGUUCAAAUUCAAACUCAUCCAGGUAACCAGAUGGUUAAGGGUACCACUGAAGAAAUGAAAUAUGUUCUGGGCCAACUUGUUGGUCUGAAUUCUCCUAACUCCAUUUUGAAAGCUGCUAAAACUUUAUAUGACCGCUAUAGUAGUGGUGAAAGUCAUGAUUCAUCUUCAUCAUCCAAGACUUUUGAAAACAAGUGGGAGAAAAAAUAAUUCACAGCUACUCCUAAACUGUCAAAUAUCACCUGUAAAACAUAUUGAAUUGUAUAUACUCUUUAUUCUCUGUGGAAAUCUGCUCUUAAAGACAACUUCACUGAAAUGUCAAUGGCAGAAAAAUUCAGUAGAUUAUCCUCAAAAGAAAACUGUAAAAAUAAUAACCACUAAUGGUACUGUAUAAAGUUGUAGAAUUGUUUUCUCUCUUUUAUGCUUUCCUGUAAAUCUACUCUAUUUGAUACCAUCUCAUACUCAGAAUAGUGGGCGAACAACUGAAAUACAUUCUGAAGAACUAUGUAAAUAAAGCUUUGUAGCAUAAAAUGACACUAAAAUGUAGAAAUUGUAAUUAUUUUCUUCAAGCAAAUGUACUGGUGAUACGGUGCAAAUUUUUUUUUAAUUUCUUUUUUUUAAUUUUUAUUUAUUUAUGAUAGUCACAGAGAGAGAGAGAGAGAGAGGCAGAGACACAGGCAGAGGGAGAAGCAGGCUCCAUGCACCGG